GAUUACUUCAUAGAACGUAAUAAAACGGCAUACAAACCCACAAUUAAACCAAAAUUAAAUUACACAUUUAUUUUAAAUCAUUUAACUAACUAAUUAUGUUUUCUAAAUAUGAAUCAACGGGUAUAAUCAUUGUCAUUUAAUUAUCUGUGAUAAAUUUUUUUUGGAAAUGUCAUUCUGUUCAAUUUAUUUUGUCUUAAUAAUGGACGUACAUUCUAAUUCAAUGAAUUAUUGUAUCCAUUAUUGUACUAUAAUUAAAAAUUAUUGAUCAUCAACCAAGUAAUUACUGAUCAUCAAUAAUGUCUGGCACUUCAGCUAGUAGGCGUUCAGGAGGAGCUGUUAAAAUUCGUUUAACAGUGCUUUGUGCUCAAAAUUUAUUGAAAAAAGACUUAUUUCGACUUCCUCCAGAUGCUUUUGCUAAAGUUAGUGUAGAUGGUUCUGGACAGUGUUAUACAACAGAUACUUGUAAAGCAACUUGUGAUCCUCAGUGGAAUCAACAUUAUGAUUUGUAUCUCAGUAAAGGUGAUCAUGUGACUAUUACUUUGUGGAAUCAUAAAAAAAUACAUAAAAAUUUACAAAAGCCAGCCAGUGGUUUUCUUGGAUGUAUUAGAUUAUCAUGGAAUCAAAUUCAAAGAUACAAAGAUACAGGCUAUCAAAAGUUGGAUUUAACAAAAUUAAAUUCCGAUGACCAUAUUCCUAUUAAGGGCCAAUUAGUUUUUUCUUUGUUAUCUCAAGAUGGAACUGCUAGUUCUAAUCUUCCAAGACAACCUUCUCCAUUACCUGAAGGGUGGGAAGAAAGAAAAACAGAAAAUGGAAGAUUAUAUUAUGUAAAUCAUAGAACUAAAACUACACAAUGGGUCAAACCUGAUAAACCUCAUACUAGAACUCAAGCAUUAAAUAAUUCAUCUUGUGUACCAGCACCAACAUCUUCAGAAAUUUCUAAUAUUGAAAAUGAUACUGAUGUGAUAAAUAACAAUAGUAAUAGUAGCAGUAUAAUAGCUCAAACAAACAGAAGUCCAAGCAGUCGAUCAUCACAUAAUUCUGCAAGAAAUUUACCAAUACAUAGUUCCUCAGUACAACAGCCAGUUGAUUUGCCAUCUGGUUAUGAAAUUCGAACAACUCCACAAGGGCAAAUAUAUUUUUAUCAUACACCAACUGGUUUAAGUACCUGGCAUGAUCCUAGAAUUCCAAGGAAUAUCAGUGUUAUGCCUGGACAACAACUUGGACCAUUACCUUCAGGUUGGGAAGUACGUCAAACAUCAAGUGGUCGUUAUUACUAUGUGGAUCAUAAUAAUCGUACAACUACAUUUUCUGAUCCAAGACUUUCAUCUUCUGUAAUAGCUAAUUUACUACUAAAACAAAAUGAUCAAAUCCCAUCAACAAAUGAACAGAACCUGUCGAACAAUAAAGAAAACUCUAGAUUACAAAAUACUUCAGACUCAUCUUCAAAUCAUAAUAGGACUCCAGUCAGGCCCGUCUUUGAUAGUCCACAAAGCAUAGAGACUGAUUCUGAGUGUUUGCCUAAAUACAAAAGAGAUCUAGUUGCUAAACAAAAAAUACUACGCACUGAGUUAUCUGUAUUACAACCUCAAACUGGUCAUAUGAGACUUGAAGUAUCAAGAUCAGAAAUAUUUGAAGAAUCUUAUAGAGCUGUUAUGAAAAUGAGACCUAAAGAUCUACGGAAACGACUUAUGGUUAAAUUUCGUGGUGAAGAAGGUUUGGACUAUGGAGGAGUAGCAAGAGAAUGGUUAUAUUUGUUAUCUCAUGAAAUGCUCAAUCCUCAAUAUGGGCUAUUUCAGUACUCCAGAGAAGAUAAUUACACUUUACAAAUCAAUCCUGACAGUUCAAUUAAUCCAGAACACCUGUCAUACUUUCAUUUUGUUGGUCGAAUAAUUGGAAUUGCUAUUUUUCAUGGUCAUUAUAUUGAUGGUGGAUUUACUACACCUUUUUAUAAGAUGUUAUUAAACAAACCUAUUACAUUAGAAGAUAUUGAAGGAGUUGAUCCUGAACUUCAUCGAAGUCUUACAUACAUAUUGGAAAAUCGACUUGAAAAAGACAUUAUUGAUACUACUUUUGCUGUUGAGCAAAGCAGUUUUGGUGUAUUGAAAUUACAUGAACUAAAAACUAAUGGAAGAAAUAUCCAAUUAACUGAAGAUAAUAAAAAAGAAUAUGUCAAGUUAUAUGUUACUUAUAGAUUCAUGAGAGGUAUUGAACAACAAUUUUUGGCCCUACAAAAAGGUUUGACUGAAGUAGUUCCUGGAACUUUGUUAAAACCAUUCGACGAACGUGAGAUUGAAUUGAUUAUUAGUGGUAUUGGUACAAUUGAUAUUGAAGAUUGGAGAAGAAAUACUAGGUUAAAACACUGUUCUGCUGACAUGCCAGUUGUAAAAUGGUUUUGGGAAGUUGUUGAACAAAAUUAUAGUCAAGAAAUGCGACUUAGAUUAUUACAAUUUGUUACGGGUAGUUCAAGAGUUCCACUUCAGGGUUUUAAAGCUCUUCAAGGGUCAACAGGAGCAGCUGGUCCACGUUUAUUUACAAUUCAUCUUACAGAUGUGCCUACUGAUAAUUUACCUAAAGCGCACACAUGCUUUAACCGUCUUGAUUUACCAAAAUAUGAAAGUAAACAAAAGUUGCUAGAUAAACUUAGUCAAGCAGUAGAAGAAACUUGUGGAUUUACUGUUGAGUAGAAUUUAAUUAAAUCUGUAUAUAUUUACACACAAAUAUUAUCAAUAAUUAGUAUGUGUACAAAAAUUGGUAAUCUAUAUUGUUUUUAAUUUAGUAAACAUUUAUAUUGGUAUUGUGAUCGAGGGUUUUAUAAGAAAAAAAAAUUGAUUGCUGGAUUAACAUCUAAAAAAUCUUUUGGGUAUACUAUACACUUCUUGUGUAGAAUACCUCAAAUUUUUCUGUUUAAAUAUUUUAUAAAAUAAAUGAUUAGAUAGUAUUAAUACGAAUAAACUAUAAUUUUAGGCAAUACCAAAUUUUAUCUAAAAUUGUUCUACUACAAUGAUAACUUUAGACUUCUCUCAUAUGUGCAAUAAACAGGGUAAAUUAGUAAAUUGAAGACUAGGAAAUAGCAUAUUUUAACUAUAGAGUUCGAGAUUAUUUCAUACUCUAUUGGAUAUUUCUUUAGCUUUAAAAACAAAUUAUUUCUGUUAUAUAAAUAAAUUUUAUGGUCUCUAAUUUACCAUUGUUGUAUGUAUAUUCGCAUGGUUCAAUUUUAACUGACAAUAAGUAAAAUACUUGACUUAUUUAUUAUUAUAUUUAAGAUUAAAUGUGAUUAGUUUUUUCAAUUAUAAACUACUAAACAUUAAAUUUUUUACUCUAUCAUUAUUUAAUCACAUCAUUUAAUUUUUUUAUCAGA